AGCCAGACGCUCUCCCUCACCAUGAGUAGCGCUGUGUUAGUGACUCUCCUUCCAGAUCCCAGCAGCAGCUUCCGCGAGGAUGCUCCACGGCCUCCAGUUCCGGGAGAAGAAGGGGAGACCCCACCGUGCCAGCCCAGUGCGGGCAAGGGCCAGUCCACCAAACCUAUGCCUGUUUCCUCCAAUGCUAGACGGAAUGAAGAUGGGCUGGGGGAGCCCGAGGGGCGGGCCUCCCCUGAUUCCCCUCUGACCAGGUGGACCAAGUCUUUGCACUCCUUGUUGGGCGACCAGGAUGGCGCUUACCUCUUCCGGACUUUCCUGGAGAGGGAGAAAUGUGUGGAUACCCUGGACUUCUGGUUUGCCUGCAAUGGAUUCAGGCAGAUGAACUUGAAGGAUACCAAAACUCUGCGAGUAGCCAAAGCAAUCUAUAAGAGGUACAUUGAGAACAACAGCAUUGUCUCCAAGCAGCUGAAACCUGCCACCAAGACCUACAUACGAGAUGGCAUCAAGAAGCAACAGAUCGACUCCAUCAUGUUUGACCAGGCACAGACUGAGAUCCAGGCUGUGAUGGAGGAAAAUGCCUACCAGAUGUUUUUGACUUCUGACAUAUACCUCGAGUAUGUGAGGAGUGGGGGAGAAAACACAGCUUACAUGAGUAAUGGGGAACUGAGCCUAAAGGUCCUCUGUGGCUACCUCCCCACCUUGAAUGAGGAAGAGGAGUGGACUUGUGCUGACUUGAAGUGCAAACUUUCGCCCGCUGUGGUUGGCUUGUCCAGCAAAACUCUGCGGGCCACGGCGAGUGUGAGAUCCGUGGAAAUGGUUGAAAAUGGUUUCAGGUCCUUCAAGAGAAGCGACCCGGUGAAUCCCUAUCAUGUAGGUUCAGGCUAUGUCUUUGCACCAGCCGCCAGUGCCAAUGACAGUGAGAUAUCCAGCGAUGCGUUGACCGAUGAUUCCAUGUCCAUGACGGACAGUAGCGUAGAUGGAAUCCCUCCUUAUCGCAUGGGGAGUAAGAAACAACUCCAGAGAGAGAUGCAUCGCAGUGUGAAGGCCAAUGGCCAGGUGUCUCUACCUCAUUUUCCGAGAACCCACCGUCUGCCCAAGGAGAUGGCGCCCGUGGAACCCGCUGCCUUCGCCGCCGAGCUCAUCUCCAGGCUGGAGAAGCUGAGGCUGGAGCUGGAGAGCCGGCACAGCCUGGAGGAACGGCUGCAGCAGAUCCGGGAGGAUGAAGAAAAGGAGGGAUCUGAGCCGGCACCGAGCUCCCGGGAUGGAGCAUCGGCCCAGCACCCCCUGGCCCUCCUACCCUCUGGCAGCUAUGAAGAGGACCCGCAGACCAUCCUGGACGACCACCUGUCUAGGGUCCUCAAGACCCCUGGCUGCCAGUCGCCUGGUGUGGGCCGCUAUAGCCCACGUUCCCGCUCCCCUGACCACCACCACCGCCACCAUCAGCAGUACCACCCCCUCCUCCCCGCUGGGGGCAAGCUGCCUCCCGUGGCCGCUUGCCCGCUCCUCGGAGGCAAGAGCUUCCUGGCCAAGCAGACGACGACGACGAAGCACGUUCACCACCACUACAUCCAUCACCAUGCUGUCCCCAAGACCAAGGAGGAGAUCGAGGCAGAAGCCACACAGAGAGUACGCUGCCUCUGCCCUGGGGGCACGGAGUAUUACUGUUACUCCAAAUGCAAGAGUCACCCCAAGGCUCCAGAGCCCCUGCCUGGAGAGCAGUUUUGCGGCAGCAGAGGCAGUACCUUGCCCAAACGAAAUACGAAAGGCACAGAACCAGGUCUGGUACUGCCGGCCAGGGAAGGAGGGAUGUCCAGUGGAGCAGGGGCUCCUCAGCUUCCUGGGGAGGAAGGAGACCGUUCGCAGGAUGUCUGGCAGUGGAUGCUGGAGAGUGAGCGGCAGAGCAAGUCCAAGCCUCAUAGUGCCCAAAGCGUAAGAAAGAGCUACCCAUUGGAGUCCGCCCGCACAUCCCCAGGCGAACGAGUCAGCCGGCACCAUCUGUUGGGGGCCAACGGACAACCCCGCUCCGUGGCCCGGGCUCACCCGUUUACCCAGGACCCUGCGAUGCCUCCCCUCACCCCACCCAACACUUUGGCGCAGCUGGAGGAAGCCUGCCGCAGGCUGGCAGAGGUGUCCAAGCCCCCAAAGCAGCGGUGCUGUGUGGCCAGUCAGCAGAGGGACAGGAACCACUCGGCCACUGGUCAGGCGGGAGCCAUAGCCUUCUCUAACCCAAGCCUGGCUCCAGCAGAUCACAAAGAGCCAAAGAAACCGGCAAGUGUCCACGCGCUCCAGGCCAGCGAGCUGGUCGUCACUUACUUUUUCUGCGGAGAAGAAAUCCCGUACAGGAGGGUGCUGAAGGCUCAGAGCUUGACCCUGGGCCACUUCAAGGAACAGCUCAGCAAAAAGGGAAAUUAUAGGUAUUACUUCAAAAAAGCGAGUGAUGAGUUUGCCUGUGGAGCGGUUUUCGAGGAGAUCUGGGACGACGAAACGGUGCUCCCCAUGUACGAAGGCAGGAUCCUGGGUAAAGUGGAGAGGAUCGAUUGAGCCUCGGCCUCAGUGUACACCAUGGACCCGAAGCUCAGAGACCUGUCUCAGACCUGCGCGGCAGCCACAAAGUAUUUUGAAGGAAAAUGAAACCAAUUAAGAAGACAAAGUCUAGGGAGGAACUGGCCCCUGGGCCUUCAGGAAGGCGGGGUGGUUGCUUUUUAAGUAUCUAUGAGCUAGGUACUGAGAUCAGAAAAACCUGAACUAUUUAUUCAAAACAUGACCACUCUGGGCAAUUGAAGAGGCUGUGUUUGAGAGACUGCCAUACAUAAUAUAUGACUUCCUAGGGAUCUGAGAUUCAUAGACUAAGAGAAAACUGUGUAUAGCUUGCCCAAACAGGAGUCCUUAUUGAUAUUUAUUGAACAGUCAAUUCCCCUACCCCCAGUGUAUGCUGCUUUAAACACGGACGUGGGAGAGACAAGCUUGGAUUGCUGUCUACACUUAGGAGCCGAGCUGGGAGUGCAUUAACCAUUUCUUCGUUAACGGAGGACUCUGCUCUGCAUGACAUUUCUCCAAGUGAAGACAGGCUUCUUAAAAAAAAAAAAAAACAAACAAAAUGGUGCCCACAUGCAGAAAU